UUCAAAGCUGGAUAGUCGAUAGUAAGCUAUUUGUGUCCAUCUAAUUCGAAGUGAAAGGGGGAAGAAAGCAAAAGGUUGAGAAGAGGAGAGGUUGAAGUGUAUUAUUUUGAGUUAAAAAAAUCCCUACAACUCCCAAAUCCAAAAUCUCUGCGUCCGGAUCUGUUUUCACAAAUAGAUACUUGAAGCUCAAAAGUGAGAUCGGAGAUGCUUGACGGUAUACUAACCCGUGGUUUCAGCUCCAAAUGCAAAUCGCUAGUAAAGGCUACAAGGACGCGAAUCGAGGUGGUGAGACGGAGAGCUGAGUCGAAACAGAGGUUUUUGAAGGAAGAUCUUGCCAAAUUGCUUGAUAAUGGACUCGAUAUUAAUGCUUAUGGAAGGACUGAAGAAUUUUUGCUUGGGCAGAACCUCUUGUCCUGCUAUGACUUUGUGGAACAAUCUUGUGAAUAUAUUGUGAAGCAGCUCUCCAACAUGCAGAAACUAAGGGACUGUCCUGAGAACUGCAGAGAAGCUGUGGCAUCGUUGAUGUUUGCUGCAGCAAGAUUCUCCUAUUUGCCAGAAUUACGAGAGCUAAGGGAUUUAUUUCAGGAGAGAUACGGGAACUCUUUAGAAUGUUUUGUUAACCAGAAGUUUGUCGAGAUAUUAUCUUCAAGGCCCCCUGCAGUGGAGCAGAGAAUUCAGCUGCUGCAAGAUAUAGCGGUAGAAUUUUCCAUAAGGUGGGACUCCAUGGGAUUUCAAAAGAGGAUGGCAUUUGCACAGGCUCAUCCAAGCAGGAGUGGACUUUCACAUGCUUCUUCUGGCAACCACAUUCUACCAAAUGGCAAGGAUGGUGGUUUAAAAGCUGAUAAACUUGACAUUGUACUUGGUGAAAGGCACAAGGGAUUGAAUGAUCAACACAAUAUACAGAAUGGCAGAGAGGGUGUUGUCUUGAAAAGAGAGCAGCAGGAUCUUCAUUCCUCUGAUGGAAAAGAGUCAAAUAAGGAUAGAAAUAAACAUCAUACAAAGCAGGAAGCAAGCUAUUCAAUGGGGCGAAAACAUGAUAUCUUGUUUGACAAGGAGGAGGAACAGACAAGGAUAAGAAACAAAGCAGUCCUGGAGAAAGAUGAUAAUUCAACAAGGAUAGCAAAAUCAGGCAGCUCAUCACAUGGAGAGAGGCUAGAAGGUUUUGAUAAUAAACUCACUAGACACAAUGAAAAUCAAGGUCAAAUUCUCACAGGAAGAGCACAGGGCACUCUAUCUUGUGCAAGAUCAGAGACUGCUCCUAGUAGGGGACUCCCUUUCAGAAAUGAAGAUGUCACUUCUGCUUGGGACACAGCCAUUGAAAAGAAUACUGUUAACUCAACAAAAAUGGUUCAGCAGGACGUUGGAAAUAGGUUAAUGACAUCCUAUGCCAACUUUGCUCUCCCUCCACCAUACAAUAAGUCCAAAGAGAAAGCCAUCCCUCCUCCUUAUGUAAAGCCAAACGAUAGCAAGGAAAGAGGCCUUAAAGGUUCUAAGCAGUCUGCUUCUGAAUUUGAUGGCCAUUUCAAAAGUUCCUCUCCAUCCAAUAGAGUUGAAACAAUUAAGAUCACUAAAGAAUCAGACCAUUCUGAUCAUGUGGCUCAAACUAAUAAACCCACUAGAACAAAUAGUCAUGGUCAUGAUAAAGAAUUCUCUCACAAGGAUGUGAUUUUGCCCAAACCAAGAUCUGUUAGGAGAAAGCACCAUAAAUCAGCUACAAAUAAUCACGGCGAAGUGGACAAGUCUGAAGAUGCCAGAGCAGCCAAGAGAAGUUCAAGUAGCCGGCGAAGGGAACAUUCAAGGAAAGGCUUGCAGAUUUUGUUUGAGGAUGAACGCCAUAGAAAAGAUGAAGAGGAAAGAAUGAUAGAUAAACUAUUGCUGCAUUACAGUAAAAGACCAUCAAAGUGUGAUGUGAGAAAAAAGCCACAAGCUCUGGCAACUCCUGAUACUGGUGAAUUCUCAAAUAAUCAAACCAAUGGAGAUCAGGAUAAAAUGGAAUCAGAUAUGGUUCUUUUCCCCAAAAGAUCUAUUUCCCUACCACACGAGCAGGCUUCUCCAUCGAAGGCAACACUUAUAUUUGCCCGUGCCAAUUCAUUUCAGCCAGACAACCAGGCAUGUCAUGUGCAUCCCAAACUACCAGAUUAUGAUGAUUUGACUGCCCGAUUUGCUUCUCUAAGAGGCUGAUAAAUUUUAUAAUAGGUUAAACUUGACGAGUGUUUGCUCCAGUGUGUGUUACCUCUUCACAUUCAUUUACACAUGCUGAUUCUUGCCCUAAGCUGUUUACUGACUGGAACCUGUAACCUUUAUU